UCAUUAGCGGUGUCUACUAGGCGAUAGCCGCCGUAAUAAGCGAUGGAAUAGCUUGUCUUCUUUAUCAGCUGGCGCACAUGCAAAUAUGCUUUCAGCCCAUUAUCGAUGAAGUCAGUCUACAGAAGUCAUCCCCGUAUUUCGGUCGCAAGUGAAAUGAGAGCUAUAACCUUGCUAACAAUUACUUGGGUGACCUUGCUGGGCAGCCGGAAUUGCGGUGCCCUGGAAUUCGAGGAGUGUGCCAGUGCCCCACAAUUGGGAGUGUACGUGGCCAGCUCUAGUAAUUGCUCCAAGUACAUAUAUUGCGCCGGUCCGGGAUCCUUUGAGGCCGAGUGCUUGGAUGGUCACUACUACGAUGACAAGCUGGAACGCUGCCUGGAUCGCAGGUUGGUCACGAGAUGCAGGGAUCCUAUGGAUACACACACCACAAAAGCCCCAGCUCAGAAAGCGGACCCAUUGGCGAUUACCCUGCGCCUUUUACCCAAUGCCGGGCCCUGUUAUCCCUACAUGGUGUGCUACGAGGGGGCUGGACUGGCCAAGGCCUGUACUCCUGCCCAUCUGGUGUCCUGCAACCGCAUGCAGUCCAGAGAGCAUGACAUCAGCUGCCACGAGGGAGACUACGGAUUCGUGCCACAUCCCCGGAGGUGUGCCUACUUCUACUACUGCUCCAGUGGCUCCAAGCUGAUCCACCGAUGUCCCUGGAACUACACUUGGCACUACGAACGGAGGUCCUGCGUCCAGCAGUCCGAGCGGAUGUGCUACUCCGAGAAGCUGCGGCGCAUUAGAAAUAAAACGGGAAAGGCCAACCAGGCGCAAUUCUAA